AUGCCGCCUUGGCCAGACACGUACCCGCUGUCCUUCUUCGCGCCGCUUGCACCGCCGCGCUUCAUGUCCGCCGCCAUCUCGCCGCUCAACCACGCCGACUCAACCCGCUCGACAACCGCACGCGACGUGCACCCGCACCUGCCAGCCGGCACGGCAGCCCUCGGUAUCCCCACGUCCACCGCACCGCCCGCGUUCGUUCCUCCUGCCACCUUUCCCCCUCCUCCUUCGCCUCGACCCGACUCGUCGCCGCCUGCACCCUCUCGCCAGCCCGAUGCACAGCGGCUCCAGCGCCCAGUCGCCUCGGCUUUCUUCGGCGAGCAGGCGGGCGACGGGCCGCACCGGCUCGGUGCCGCCGCCGCGACGAGCUUGACGGCGUCGUCGUCGCCGGCACAGCGUCUGCAGCAGCACGCGUCGGGAGAGCCGACCCGUGACGUCGCUCGUCGCGGUGAAGAAGACGGCAACGCGGUCGAGAGGGGCGCGAGGUCGGCUCGGGCGCGCAGCCCCAGGCGCAAGAGCGAUCCUCGCCGCGACUCGUCGGUCCGAUGGGCGCCGUCGGCGGUCUCGCGCUCGUCGCACCUGUACGAGGACGACCUCGGUCCCUGUACUUUCGCGCCGAGCUUCGCCGGGCUCGGCGAGCCGCGUUAUGCCCCGCCGAGCGCGCACGACCACGGGCGGCCGCACAGCCCGCGCAGGCGGACCCGCUCGCCGUCCCCUCCCGCCCGCCGCGGCUCGCGCCUCGAGGCCGUCGAGCCUCGCCGCACGUCGGUGCGCUCGAUGCCGCCGGCGUUCGUCGACCGCCCUGCGUCGGCGAGGUCCGAGUGCGCGCCUGGGCCCGUUUCGGCGCCGAGCGGCCCGUCCUACGCCCAGCCGCGCGACGAGCCCUCGACUGCGCCCGUCGGCGUCGACCCGCCCUCGUCGAGCACGCGCUCCAGACGCCAGGGCGCGGGCUCACGGCUGCGGCGGCUCGAGAAGAAGCGCGCACGGGCCGCCAGCCGCGAUGACGACGAGCUCGACCCGUCGGGGAGCACGAGCGCGAGGGCGUCGCACGACGGCCCGCUUCGUCGCCUCGACGGCAACGUCGACGAGCUGCGCGACGCCAAGCGCCCUCGCGUCGAGCAGGCCGCAGCAGCAGCCCGCACAUCGCCGGCGCCGUCGCCGCAGCCGCGUCACGACGCGCCCGCGCCCCUGCCCGACUCGAGUCGGGUUGCGCAGGGCGGCAUGUCGCUCUCGGACCGGUGGGACGCGCUCGAGGAGGGACGAGGGCAGAGGGUGAGCGCCGGGACGGGCGGCCGCCGUCGGCGAGGAGGGAGGAAGGAGGCGCGGCGGUUGGCGGCGGCGGCGGCGGCGAGAGGCUGGGACGACGGCGGUGGAGGCGACGGCGACGCUCCAGCUCGACCGUCGUCACGGGAGGAUAGGGGAACCGGGCGGCGCCCGUCGGUCGACGACCUUGACGGGCUCGUCUUCGACUUUGCGGCCGAGCCACCUCGUCGGCCCUCGGGCACGCCGCCGCUCGUCACCCCUCACCAGCUGCCGCCGAGCAAGCGCACCUCGUCGCCGAGGAACGGGCCUCGAUGGGCCGAGCCUCGGCGCACGCGCUCGAGCAACGGCGGCGCGCCAGCACCUCCACCCGAGCGCACGCUGCGCGACUCGGACCUCUCGCCGUCGAUCGCUGUGCUCAGGGAGCGCGACUUCAAGCGGUUCGUCCUCAAGCGCCCUGUCGAGCCGACCUGGAGCCUCCCCCUGUACCUCCUCAUCCUCAAGCUCCUCACGUCGAUCGCGCCGCCCGAACUUUGGGCGCCCGACGCCGCCAGCCUCGGCGCCAGUCCACCCUCACUCGAGCCCGACUGGCUCGCAACGAGCGUCAUCGGCCGACAACCCGACAAGGCCGAGGUCCGAGCGGCGUGCGGCGGCUCGCCCGGGCGCGGGCUCGGCUUCGCGAGCUUGUCGCGCGCCGUGCACGAGCGCUACCUCGCCAUGGUCGACGUCGUGCGGUGGCUGUUCGAGGACAGGAGCCUCGGCGAGUCGGAGACGGCGUACGUCAUGCUUCACGCGCCGCGCGAGGUCCGCAUCCUCGUCUCCCGUUUCGCCGAGGUCGUCCUCUUCUCCGAGCUCGUGCAGCGCCACGAGCGCACCCUCGUCACCUACCUCGCCCGCCUCCCGUCCCCCUCGCCACGUCAGCGCGCCUCGCUCACCCUCCUCGAGUGGCUCAACACGACGGCCCAGCCCGACCGCCACUACCUCUUCCUGAGCGAGCCCGACGGGCGCCUGCGCGGCGAGAAGACGGGCGUCGAGCCGUGGAGGUGGUGGUUUGCGAGGGCCGAGGCAGGGAGGUCGACCGCGGUCGAGGUGCUCGACGACUGGGAGCGGGACACGUUGAGCAUGGAGCAGUGGUGAGCAACGAUGCCUCGCUUUGCGCGC